CGAAAUCGAUCCGUGAUCGAAACUGCUAUUGUUUAAAAAAAACGUGUUCCAUACCCUAUUAAGUUGAAAAUUUGUAAUACAUUAGAAAUGAAUUCAAAAUAAAAGAUUUGAUUGAUUCGUAUAUAGAUCAUUGUUUGUCGUACAAUGCAGAAUAAUGAACAUGGCAGAUUCUUCAAAUAUUCUCGAACUUGGGAAAGAUUUGUUUUUGAGUUCUUCUUAUCUACUAAAAUUCGAACUUACGUAUUUUUUUUAUCUAAACUUAUCUUAUUUAGCACUUCGAUUAGCCUUUCUACAAACUACUUGUUUGUUUGAGAUUCAGGAAUAAAUUACUCAAUAAUAAGUAUGAUGCAAAAUUCAUGGCAUAAAAUACUUUCGAAUGAUGUAUGAUUUAUAUAUGUCACACAUUCGUAAAUGGAAUGAGAAAGAAAAAUAUUUACACAAAAAAUUUGUAAUUUUUUUAUAUGAAUCAGUCAAAAACGUCUUAUGCAUGGUAGUUAAGUAUAAUUAACUAUUGUUAUUAUCUAGCAAGAUGUUUUUAACGAAUUCAUAUAAAGGUUGCAAAUUUAUUUUGUCUCAUUUCACUCAGAAAUGUGUGACGAACACAAAUCAUACACCGUUUCCUAUCAACUGGUAACAAAAUUGUUUUUCCUUACGUUCAAAUUCCAUUAUAACUCAUUUUAUUGUAAAAUCCAAACAAAAAAAAAUGAAAUGAUUUUUAAACAUAUUUCAAACUCGAACUAACGAAAUUCGAUAUAAAAGAAAAUUUCAUUUACGAUAAAAUUCGAGUUCAUCGCAAUUUUUCACCUAACCAGUUAAAUUUUAGUUAGUUUUAGUCAAACUAAGGAUUCUUACACAAAAUAUUUGAAAAAAAUCAAGAAUGUUUUGUUUUCAACAUUGAGAAAAACCAGAUUCUAAUCAAGUUCAUAAGUAAAAAGCUUUUGUAAUUGAGAGCAGUUCAAUACUGUUUAAAACAAAUGAGAAUGACUCAUUUCAAUGAAAUCGAUGUUUAUUUUUACUUCAUAUUUUUGUUUCAUUUUAGUACCAAUGCGUGCAAGUUCCAUUGGUAUUCAUCCGAAUGCAAAAUGGUCACAGAAUGGUAUAACUGUUGCUGGAGGAAAUGGACGAGGCAGUGAAACCAAUCAACUCAAUGGCCCAUGGGGUUUGUACGUCGACGAUGAUCAAACGAUUUAUAUCGCUGAUCGUUAUAAUCAUCGUAUUGUGGAAUGGAAAUCUGAUGUAAAGAAUGGACAAGUGGUUGCUGGUGGAAAUGGAAGAGGAGAUGAAGCUCAUCAGUUUUGGGGGCCACAAGACGUGAUUAUCAACAAAGAGACCGAUAGUCUCAUCAUCUCCGAUAAUGGGAAUAACACAGUAGUUCGAUGGCCUCGUCGAAAUGGUACUCGUGGAGAAACAAUUAUUUCAAAUAUCUCUUGCUACGGUUUGACAAUGGACGACAGUGGUUUUCUCUAUGUCGUUGACGUAGAAAAACAGGAAGUGAGACGAUAUAAAAUUGGUGAUACUAAAGGAACAGUGGUUGCAGGCGGUAAUGGAGAAGGAAAUCGUCUCGAUCAACUCUCUGCACUCCACUACGUAUUUGUCGAUGGAGAUCAUUCAGUAUAUGUGUCUGAUUAUUGGAAUCAUCGUGUAAUGAAAUGGGAAGAAGGUGCAAAACAAGGCAUUGUCGUAGCCGGUGGCCAAGAAUAUGGAAAUAGUCUUACACAAUUAAAUAAUCCUCAAGGAGUCGUUGUUGAUCAAUUGGGUACUGUCUAUGUAGCUGAUUUUGGGAAUCAUCGAAUCAUGCGUUGGCCAAAAGGAGCCACACAAGGAAGUGUCAUUAUUGGUGGAAAUGGUCGAGGAGCACAAUCGAAUCAACUCAAUUAUCCCAUAGGUUUAUCAUUUGAUCGACAUGGCAAUCUCUAUGUCGUCGAUUUCGGAAAUGAACGAGUGCAAAAAUUUAAUAUCGAACGAAAUUCAAUACGAUGA